UAAAACAAAAAUAUAAACAUUUCCGGGAUACGUCAUGAGUCAAAGUUGAAGUUUGUUUAUGAGAGUAUUUCUGCAUGUUUUUGCUGGUCACACCGAAUCUCACGUUGGAUUCCUCUUAGUCGUGUAAGUACAUUUUGAGGUUGAGCUCAUGUUGUUUCUUCGGACAAGUGCCGUGCUUGUCAGCCAGCGUGUGGCCGCUUUACGCUGCACGCCCACCGGCUACAAGAGCCUUACAACAGCCGCUGCGUACGUGCAGGGUCAGAGCCCCGAGCCACGCAUCCGAGAAUACUUCUACUACAUUGACCACCAAGGGCAGUUGUUCCUGGAUGACACCAAAGUGAAGAAUUUUGUCACCUGUUUCAAAGACAAACAGUUCCUAGUCUUUUUCUUCAGUCGCCUCCGUUUAAACCAGAGCGGACGCUACGAGGACGCCUUCCCCUUCCUGUCCCCGUGCGGGCGAGAGAGGAACUUCCUGCGUUGCGAUGACCGACCGGUGGUCUUUACGCAGCUGCUGCAGGACGCCACCGGUGACCGGGACUCGCUGUCGUUCUGUGGUGGCGCAGACAAGCUGACGGUGGACUUCAAGCCCGAGGCGCUCUACAUGCACCCAACCAGUGGACGAGUUUACCACCCCUGCUUGGAGCGAGUGGGCGGUGUCGGGCUGGUGAGGUCAUCCCUGGCCAUCGAGCUCAGCCCGUUCUUUAUCUACGCUUCCGAGCGGGCUCAGUCAGGACCGCCCACGCACUUCUUAUGGAGGAAACAGCAGUACACACUAAGCAAUGAGCUGGCCAGAAGCUUUGCCACAGAAGACGACAGCCGAGCUGGAGGGCUGUAAUGUCCUGAUAUAAUGACACUUGAGUGACAUGUCAGUCAUAAAGGUUUGGCAUUUCGAGCAUUCAUAUGAUCUCGAAACUAAGAAUUGUUAAGUGUUUGUUAAUUUAAUGAGCCCUGCCAAGGCCCGUGACAUUGAUGAGCGAAUUAAACUUGAAAUAUUAGCGAACGACCAAAUUAAACUUGAAAUGUUAGCGAACGUUCCCCACUUAUUUCGCAAGACACGGCGUGGCAAAUGUCAAGUGCUGUUUGUAUUGACGUUUUACACAGCUUAGUGGUUAGCGUCAAUACCAGUGCGGACACGCAAGCACUGCCUGCUCCAGAGAAAUUAUGGGAUUAGAGAACUGCGCUUGUUAAACGCUUGCCUUCAAAUCUGAACACAAUGAAAACAUUUAGCACGAGGGACUGAAAGGCUUAUAUUCAACAAGACAAGUUUCUUUUGAUUGGCUGAGCAUAUUAUGCAUUUUUCCGACUGAUUACUCAUUACACCGCUUGCUUCACCUUUCAUAUCAGCAAGGUCACUGCAGCUCAACCUGCGUCAUUGCACGACCAGCAGGGGGCGACGUCAACUCGCGGAACAACUUCUAAUUGAUCCGCGUAACCUUCAUUGUCGCAGUCAAUAGUAACAUUGAUGAUGAUGGCAUGCUUGAAUGAGUUUGUUGACAACAACGUUCACAAAACCCCGAGCUCCUAUUUUUUCCUUAGUGUUUAUCCUCCCAGAAGAGAAGUAAGCUUUUAUUAUCCAAUACGGCAUUUAACGUCCUGUAAAAAGUAAACACAUUUGCAGUAA